UUAUCAACUUAAUCUCUUGUUUUCUACCAACAAUUUAAACCAACCCACUAAAACUGUGUAGUUAGCACUUUAGCAGUAUAUCUCUUGACUUUGAUUUGAUCAAUGCUGGAAUAUUUGGCACAAUAAUACUUCUCUUCAGAUCAGUUGCAAAGUCUUAAGGGUUGUCUAUUUUUGACAAACCAAAUUUCGACGAAACUUGUAAAUAAUCUUUGCUCCACAUAUAUGCAUUAUAUUCCCUAUAUAAGCCUUGUGUAGCAAAAGAGAUGAUCAUCGCACCAUUAAUCCUACAUUCAUCUAAGUAUCUUGUUUCUUUGAUUACUAGCUAGCUAGUAAUUAUAUACAAUAGUAGUACACUUUAUUGGUUUUACUUGUAAGUUUAAGAAAUAUACCAAUUGUCACACAUGAAUACCGUUAUUAAUUCGUCAGUAUGUAUCCUAGUUAUUACAAUACUAGGAGCUUCUUUGUUGGGAACAUGCAUGGCCAAUAAGGAGGUAAAGGCAUUGACAACACAACGUUGGGGCUGGGGUUGGGGACGAGGCCAGGAUACACCGCCUGCUCCUUCUGAAGGACGAGGUUGGGGUUGGGGGUGGGGACGAGGACAGGAAACACCGCCUGCUCCUCCUGAAGGACGAGGUUGGGGUUGGGGAAGGGGUCAGGAAGUGCCUCCUCCUCCCCCUCAAAGGGGGUGGGGUGGUUGGGGUUGGGGUUGGAGUGGGGGAAGGGGUAGGGGAAGGGGAAGGGCCCGAAGGGGUCAUGAUGCACCGCCUGUUGGUACCCCUCGGGGACAAGGUGAGUCGCCUGCUCCUGCUGGUACCCCUCGGGGACAGGCUGAGUCGCCUCCUCCUGCAGGUACCCCUCAGGGACAGGGUGACUGCCCUUUCUCUAAGAGAAACUGCACAGAAGGGCCUAACAAGAUUGUUGUAGGAGGCUCCAACAACUGGAACUUUGGCUUUAAUUACAGUGACUGGGCUCUCAAAAAUGGACCCUUUUAUGUCAAUGAUGUCCUAGUGUUCAAAUUCAAUGCACCAGUAAACGGGUCACCAGGCCACAGUGUAUACUUACUGCCGGACUUCCAGAGCUACUUAAAUUGCGACUUAAGCAGAGGAAAGCGAGUGGCUACUACCACCCAAGGAGGUCGAAGCGGAUUUGAGUUCAAGCUCACCAACUGGCAGCCUCAUUACUUUGCUUGUGGAGAACACAAUGGCAUCCACUGCAACCUUGGCAUGAUGAAGUUCUCUGUCAUGCCUAUCUUUCGCUACUGGAACUAGUUGCUAACAGUUCGCCAUCAACUUCUAUGUUCUAGCCCCACCACCAGCCGAAGGCAUGUUACUGUGCUAAGGGAUUAGAACACAACACGACACGUUUAUUACAUUUGGUUUUAUACUUUUGUGUUUUAUUUACAUUUUGUUUAGAAUCAUUAAGACUUUCCCAUUUUCUGCGGGUUAUGAAAUUUGACCGUUUUGCAUUUUGGAUAUGUAACAUGUUUGCUGAUAAUGUCAAAGUAUCAGAUCAGGCUAAAAUAUUCUAUAUUUAUGGUCAUGUAAUGCAUAAAGGUUUAUUCAAAGUGAUUUAUACUUAAAAAUUGAUUACUUUUUGAUAA